CGCCCACACGCAAAAGUAGGCUCGUCGUCCCAGGGUCAGUUGGCCGCGGUAAACGUCAAAACAAUCCUCGAAACGUCAAACGGACGAAAAAGUCGAAACCGGGAUAAAUAAGACGCGCGAAAAAGAAGAUGGCCCGUGCAAUAGGCAUCGACCUGGGCACCACUUACUCCUGCGUGGGGGUAUGGCAGCAAGGCAAGGUGGAGAUCAUCGCCAACGACCAAGGGAACAGGACGACGCCCAGCUAUGUCGGCUUCACGGAUUCGGAGAGGCUCAUCGGGGAUUCUGCCAAGAUGCAAGUGGCCAUGAAUCCCAGCAACACUGUCUUCGACGCCAAGAGGCUCAUUGGCAGGAAGUUCGAUGAUAACAAGGUGCAGCAGGAUAUGAAGCACUGGCCCUUUAAGGUGGUCAAUGUCAAUGGCAAACCCAAGAUCCAGGUACACUUCAAGGGCGAGAUCAAAACCUUCACCCCAGAAGAGAUAAGCUCGAUGGUGUUGACUAAAAUGAAACAGACGGCGGAGGCUUACUUGGGCAGAUCAGUCAAAGAUGCUGUUAUAACCGUGCCUGCCUACUUCAACGACUCGCAGAGGCAAGCCACCAAAGACGCAGGCACCAUAGCAGGCAUAAACGUCCUUCGGAUCAUAAACGAACCUACAGCCGCAGCCUUGGCCUACGGCCUUGACAAAAACCUGACAGGGGAGCGCAAGGUGCUGAUCUUCGACCUGGGGGGCGGUACCUUCGACGUGUCCAUCUUGACCAUCGACGAAGGCUCUCUGUUCGAGGUCAAGGCCACGGCUGGUGACACCCACCUGGGUGGCGAGGACUUCGACAACCGCCUCGUCAACUAUUUCGCCGACGAAUUCAAGAGAAAGUACAACAAGGACCUUAAGUCCAACCCCAGGGCUCUGAGGAGGCUGAGGACUGCUGCGGAGAGGGCCAAGAGGACGCUCAGUUCAAGCACCGAGGCCAGCCUGGAGAUCGACGCCCUAUACGAAGGCAUCGACUUCUACACCAAAAUCUCGAGGGCCAGGUUCGAAGAACUGAACGCCGACCUCUUCAGGAGCACCUUGCAACCAGUAGAGAAGGCCCUGAACGACGCCAAGAUGGACAAAGGUUCCAUUAACGACGUGGUUCUGGUGGGUGGCUCCACCAGGAUACCAAAAAUCCAAAAUCUGCUCCAGAACUACUUCAACGGAAAGACCCUGAACCUCAGCAUCAACCCGGACGAGGCAGUGGCCUACGGAGCAGCCAUCCAGGCUGCCAUCUUGAGCGGCGACACGAGCUCCAAGAUACAGGACGUCCUUCUGGUAGACGUAACGCCACUGUCUCUCGGCAUCGAGACGGCGGGCGGCGUCAUGUCCAAGAUUAUCGAGAGGAACGCUAGGAUCCCGUGCAAGCAGUCCCAGACCUUCACCACCUACUCUGACAACCAGCCGGCAGUUACGAUUCAGGUUUACGAAGGAGAACGCGCGAUGACCAAGGAUAACAACCUGCUAGGCAACUUCGACCUCACAGGCAUACCACCAGCACCAAGAGGGGUGCCUCAAAUCGACGUCACCUUCGAUAUAGAUGCGAAUGGCAUCUUGAACGUCUCGGCACUAGAGAGCAGCACCGGAAGAUCCAAGAACAUCACCAUAAAGAACGACAAGGGUCGUCUUUCCCAGAAGGAGAUCGAGAGGAUGCUGGCUGAAGCAGACAAGUACAAGGAAGAGGACGACCGCCAAAGAGAGAGGGUAGCCAGCAAAAACAAGCUAGAAUCGUACGUCUUCGGUUUGAAGCAAGCUGUGGAAGAGCACGGCAGCAAACUGAGCGAGUCCGACAAGAAGAAGGUGACCAGAGAGUGCGAGGAAUGCAUCAAGUGGUUGGACAGAAACCAGCUGGCAGAAAACGAAGAGUACGAGCACAAGCUGAAGGAGGUGACCAAGAUAUGCAGUCCUGUGAUGACGAAACUGCACAAGGGUGCUAGCAGUGGCCAUGGUGGUGGUGGUCACGGGGGCGGUGAGAGGAACAAAGGGGGAAGCGGUCCAACCAUAGAAGAAGUCGAUUAGUUUUUUAGGCAUAGACAGUCGAUGCAAAAAUGAGCUUUUGGGGUUAAAUUGUUAUAGUUGAUCUUUCGAAGCAACGGUGACGCUAUUAGCUUUUUUAUAGGUGUAGAAUUUAUCAGACUUGCCAUGUAACUCUGCAGCAAAUAAAUAUUGAUAAAAAUAAAGAGUUUAUGAUGA